UUACAAUACAGUUGUUCAGCAGAAUAUUAAUCAUUCUUUACAACUGCAUCGUUAGUGCAGAGCAACAGUCAGUGAUGCUCCGUUUCAACUAUUCAGAAGAAAAAAAAAUUCUGUUAUAAGAGCAAAUGUUGAUCGAGAGACAGGAGAGCAUGGGAGAGUACAGAGAGGUUUUUGAAAAGCUUCAGUAUGAAGUUCGAAUGCUGGAGGCAAGAGCUACUGCCCAGCAGCAUCUCCUAGAAAAUGAGAGAAAAGCACACAAGAACUGCCAAAUGAAUUGGAAUGCAUAUAAGGAGAUAUUGUUGAGAACCUGGACAAACCUAAACCUGGAAAACAAGAAAAAACAGGAAGAACUGAAGGAGGCAUUGACAAAACUCUCAGAAGAGAAAGCAAAGAGGCUACAAGAGAAAGAACAUGCAAUGAAACAAAUCAGUGACCUUGUAAAGUUAAACCAACAGCUAAGACAGGAGCUGGAAAUGACGGGGGUGCAGGAGUUGAAGGAAACACAAAAAUGCAAAAUUCCAACAAAAAACUCAACGAGGAAACCAUGGAUUAAUAUACAGAUAAAGAAAGGCAAGAUAGCUGACAGGACAAGAGAACCCUGGAAAAGGCAGUGUGGAAUGUUUAAAAGGAACGAGCGAAGACUCUUUCCUUUGAAACCAUGGACUAAUAUACAGAUAAAGAAAGGCAAGAUAGCCGAGGACCAGGAGCCUCUGAUCUCCGAUGAAGACAUGAGUGUGGAGAACACAGAGACAAGAGAACUCUGGAAAAGGCUGUGUGGAAUGUUGAAAAGGAAAGCGCAAAGACUCUUUCCUUUGAAAACAUGGUUAAAUAUACAGAUAAAGAAAGGCAAGAUAGCCGAGGUUCAUGAGCCUCUGAUCUCCGAUGAAGACAUGAGUGUGGAGAACACAGAGACAAGUGGACCCUCCUUAAGUGGAACCUCUCGCAUUAAGUGCGAGUGGAACCUCUCGCAUUACCCCUCGCUGGAACGACCGGAGUGGCAUGCAGGUGAAAAUCAUUCACCACUUAUCUUCCCGGCCUCACUCAUUCACCACACAUUCACCCUGCAAAAGAAAACGGAAAAUGUCUAAGUGUAAAUGAGCAGUUAGUUAUGUCAUUGCUUAAUAAAAAUGUAAAAAAUAUGUUUUUUUGUGUUUAUUAAUGAAGUUAAAUAAUGAAAGUUUUCAUAACUUAAAACAUUUAAUUAUUAUAAAUAC